CUAAGUGUUGGUUCAGUCUAUAGGUUUGGUGUGUGUAAGGCAUAGACAGUAUGUAUGUAUAGCAUAGAUAGUGUGAUACCGGGGGAAAGGGUGUGUGUAUUAUACAUAUAUAUACAGUACUGUUAUAUGUGUUGUCAAUGUAUUGUUUAGUAGAGUCUCUGUAUUCGCAAAAUGUCUGUCAGAGUACUGAAGCACUGGUUUUAUGGAUACAAACAGUGAUUCGUAAUCCAAAAAAUAGCAUUAAAUUGCAUUCAAUUAGUGUUUGUUUCGACACUAUUAACCCAAACAGUGAUUAUUAUUGUCCAGUGAUGUCAAUGUAGUCAUCGAUACAUACAUUGGUUUUCGGUAUCUAAUUGUAUGUCAAUUGAAGUCUCGAUUUUUGAGUCAAUAUUUAGCACUCAAUUUGCUCUCACUUUUCACACAUUCGUGAUUAUAUGGUUUAUAAAGUAUUAUAGCAACAAAUUACUAGAUUAUUGAAUGGAUUUACAAAUAUAUUUGAUCUGAAAUUGUUAUAUAAACUUAUCGAUUGCCUGAUUAUACAUAUUAUCAUAUAUGAAAUACACAUAAGUUAUGACUAUAUAAUUAGUCAUUGAAUUGUUUGCUGAUAUUAUAUGGUAUUUAGAUAUUUGGUCACUAAAGACAACUAUUAUUAAAUUGUUAUAGAAAUUGACAUUUUUGUCAAAUAUAAUUGAUUUUAAAAAAUGCCGAAAAAGAGACAAAUUAUAUCCAAACGAAGUGUUUCCGUUGAAAAGCAUGAAAAAUCAAUGGAUGCGCCAAAAGUGGAAACCAAUGGUUUAAUAUCGGGAUAUCAUUCCAAUGAAAGCAAUGUUUCCGAUAGCAAAAUACCCAUAAAAUCAAAUGUCAACGAAUCAAUAGCAAGUGAUGUUUCAACUAAUAGCAAGUCAACAUCCGAUGCCAAACUUGAUGACACAUCAGUGACCACUAAUAAAGAUGAGUUGUCCACAGCAGACACUCAAUCAUCAGAUGUUACCAAAACUUCUGUAACACAAGAUUUGACAAAAACAGAUGAAACGACACAACAAAACAAUAUUAAUAGUGAAAACAAGACUUCAACUAAUAUUGAAGAUAAUAAUCAUUUAACAGAGAAGCCGACUCCGGCCACCAAUGAUAACAAAGUUGGCCAGAAAAGUGUAUCGACCACUAAUGUCACAACCAAUGGCGGAACUGAUAACAAUAGCACCAAAACAGAUAUAAAAGAUGUGACAAGUGAUAUGUCAGUCACAAGUCAAUCGGUAAUAGCUAUCCCUAAGACUAAUGAUGUGUCGGAUGGGACACCAUUGCCGCCAACAGAUAGUCGCCAAUCGACAGAUAGUCAAGACUCUGAAGAGUCAACUGCUGUGGAAACACAGCCGCCAGUCAUUCCUCAGACAACAACAACAUUAGCGACUAAUUUAUCAAAAAGUGAAGACAAAACGCAACAAAAUAAUAUAACACCCGUCGACCAAAAGAAAAUUCAAAACAAUGAUUUGAACAAAGAAACGAUCAAAUCAUCUCAAAAUAGCACAUCAAACUCAUCACAAAACAAUACAAUAAAAACAUCACCAACAAUAGCAACCACAACUCUAUCACCAACAAAGACAUUGACAACUAUCCCAAUAUUAUCUACACCACCAACAAUAACAACAGUUACUUCGCUAACCCCGACAACAGCGUUGUCAUCAAUAACAUCAGCAAAUUCUAAAGCAUCGAUAUCUGCAUCACAGAGAGCGUCGGCAGCACCGGUAUUACCGAAAACAACGACAGCUUCGUCAUCACUAACUACAUCGUUACCUUCGAAAACAUCUGUAGCGUUGACAACAACACCAAUAACAGCGACGCCAUCGAAGAGUUUGACGAAAGCACCAAAUGUGACGACAACGACAACAACGAUGGUUCUGUCUGUACCGUCGACACUACCAACACCAACAAUAACAUUAACAUCAUCUACAACAGUGAUGUCCUUAGCAAAAUCGGUGGCACCGACCCCAACCACAUCUUCAGCAAUCACUAUUAAGCCAACGACAGGAAUCGCAUCAUUAAUCUCAUCACCAAAUAAAGCCAUUAGUAAAGAUCAGCCAUUAGUAUUGGCGCAUAAGCGGUCCCCGUCAUCACCCAUUCCUAAGCAAUAUACAAGUGACAGUCUAGUUCGGGCCACCAAAAGUCAACCGACACCUAUACUUAAAGCAAACUUUUUGGCCGCACAAAAGUCAAGAGAAGAAGCUAAUAGUGCAUCAAAAGUGGAUACAAAGCGACCAAAACGUAAAAUAGAGUCAAAAACCGUGAAAUCGUCAGCCAGUGGCUCAUCGGUGGCGGACAAUAGCGGCAAUUCAGAUGAAUCUCGUUACUCGAAAAGGGUUCGUCUUCAACACCAACCAUUUCAGUCACCGGAACCGCUGUUAUUAGUUCCACCAUUGUUCAGACCAACACCGCGAUUGCACCAUAAGAAAGAAGACGAUAAAAGAGUUGUCAUCUACAAGAAGAAUGAGUUUCUUGCAGUUCGUAAUGAAACUAAUGGCUAUUAUAUAUGUCGGGCCAAACAAAAUGUAUUUUAUAACAGCCAUAAGUUUAAGAUUCAAUGGUUUAAUAACGACAAGAAUCCUCUGAUAUAUGUCGGAGACUUCUACGAUGUGACUAAUUUUGAAUGUAUUCUUACAAAUCUAUCGCUUAAUCGAUUAAAUAAAGACGAUUUUGAGUUACCUGACGAUGAAAAGCAACGGAUUCAAAACAUACUCGAGCGAGCCAUCAAUAUUGAGAAAGGCGUCAACAAAAAAGGUGAUGCCCUUAAAGUGACCGCCGAUGGAGUGGAUGUCUCUAUAGUUGGGAAAGACGAGGAAAAAGAAUUGCUCAAAAAGCACUGUCAUAUUAGAAAGAGUCUCAAUAGUAAUGAUGAUAACAAUAAUACAACUAAUAAUAAUAAUAAAAGUAAGUCUUCAAAUAAAGAUUUACCGAAAGCUACUACAAGUACUCCACAAAAAAGUAUUUCGGUUUCUACGCCUAAACCGAAAACUUCCAAAACGCCAAUAAUUUUAAGAAAAACAAAACGCAGUGCCAGUAAAAUAACGUCAAGUGGACAGUCAGUAUCAAAAGAAAAACCGCGAAAUAGUAUUCAGUUAAAGACUAAAGAAAAACCCAAUACAGGAAAAGUGUCGCCACUUAAUCGUAACGGUGGCACUCAGGUUGCGGUCCGCAAAUCAAUCCGAUCCACAGCUAAUAAGACACCACCUAUCGUAUCGCCCACCCCUAAAUCAACCGUUAUAACUAAACCCACGCCUAAAAAAGUAAAUGUUGUGUCAAAAGUUGAGAAAAAGUCAGAGAAACGUAAGCGUGAGUCGAGAUCCGACACUAAAGUAGAGGUAAAGACACCGAAACAAACAGUCGAUGGAUUAACACCAACAAAGACGUCUAGUGGCCGAAAUGAUUCCCGUUCUUCAAAACGGAUUCGUCUACAACACCAACCAUUUCAAUCGCCCGAACCUUUAAUACCAGUUCAGCCGUCAACGUCUGGUUUAUUGGUUAAGAAAGAAAAUAAGGAAAAAACGGUUAAAAAAGAGAUAAAAGACGACGAGAAGAAUGAAGUUAUUUAUAAUAAGAAUGAGUUUCUCGCCGUUCGUAACGAAACAAACGGCUAUUAUAUAUGUAAAGCCAAACAAAAUGUGUUUAAAAAUAGCCGUAAAUUCAAAAUCCAAUGGUUUAAUAACGACAAGAAUCCAUUGGUUUACGUUCCGGACUUCUUUGAUGUCACUGACUUUGAAUGUAUACUAACAAACAUAACGCUCAACAAACUUAUUAAAGACGAGUUUGAAUUACCAAACGAUGAGAAGCAACGGAUCAACAAUAUUCUUGACAAAGUCAUCACAACUGUUACCACAAAUACCAAAAAAUAAUUGUCUGAAAAACAUUCAAAUUAACAACAAUUUAAAUACUGUAUAAAUCAUAAUUUUACAAAAAAUAUUACAUUUGUAUGGAGAGCACUGGUAGAUUACAAAAUAUCUUAAAUAAGACAAUAAGUACUUUAUAUUUAUACUCUAUUAUCGGUAUAAAUAUUUCUAUAGACUAUCAAUUUAAUAUAAAUUAAUUGACUGAACUUAAAAUUUUUGGAUAAGACAAUUAUAUCUGCCUUUCGGUACAAUUUGUAUUGUUUUAGUGGAGUUUUAUUUUAUUUUUAAUAUCAAUCAAUGGG